AUGGACCACAUCUGGAAGACGUGGACAAAUUUGAAAUUCUUCUUCUACCCGCUUAGCAUGGCAUAUGUAUUAAAGACACUCAACAGCUGGUUCUGGUGGGAGACCUUGUGGAUACCUGCCAAUUGCACAUGGGCAGAUCUUGAAGACCACGAUGGCAUUGUCUUUCCAAAGCCAUAUCAAUUAUAUGCCACGAUACCAUACGCUUUUGUGAUGCUGAUGGUCCGAUUCUUGAUAGAAAGAUAUAUUGCCAUACCUCUAGCAAAAGCUUUAGGUAUAAAGAACGUAACACGAGUGAAGCCGCAGCCAAAUGCUGUUUUAGAGAAUUAUUUCCGAAAAUGCACAAAACAUCCAUCCCAAUCUGAGAUUCAAGGCCUGGCCAAAAAGUGUAACUGGACAGUUCGUUUGGUGGAAAAGUGGUUUAGGAGACGGCGAAAUCUUGAGCUCCCAACGAUGCUUCGGAAAUUCCAGGAAGCUUGCUGGCGAUUUUCAUUUUAUCUCACAUCAUCCAUUGCUGGAUUUAUAUUUCUAUAUGAUAAACCUUGGUUUUAUGAUAUAUGGCAAGUGUGGGUUGACUAUCCAUUUCAGUCCUUGCUAUCAUCCCAAUAUUGGUACUACAUGGCCGAGAUUAGUUUUUAUUGGUCUCUGUUGUUUACCCUUGGUACUGACAUCAAAAGGAAGGACUUUAUGGCCCACGUCGUUCACCAUUUGGCAGCCAUUGUUUUGAUGGCCUGUUCUUGGUGCGGCAAUUACCUUCGUAUUGGGACCUUAGUGAUGAUUGUACAUGAUACUGCAGACUUCUGGCUUGAGUCAGCCAAAAUGUUUAAUUACGCUCGUUGGGAAAACACCUGCAAUGUUCUCUUCAUCAUCUUCUCUGUCGUGUUCUUCAUCACGCGGAUUAUCCUUUUCCCUUUUUGGAUUUUACGUGGCACAUUAUAUCUGCCUUCAUAUUACUCCUCAACAAUCGUCAUAGCGUAUUUCAUCUUCAAUGGGCAGCUUCUAAUUCUGCAAGGGCUCCAUCUAUACUGGGGCUACUUUGUUCUCAAAAUUUUGAAUAAAUUCCUGUUCCUAAAGGUGUUCAGGACGCCUACACCUGCUUGGGCUAAAACUGAUGGCAAAAAAGACUUGAAAGAUGACCGGAGUGAUGAAGAAGAGGAAGACUCCCUCACUGAUAAUGAAGAGUGCAUGAAGAAUGGCAGCAAGAAUGGCAGCAAGAAUGGCUGUGGGUUGAGCAGACACCAACUCUUAAACAACAAUCAUUAG